AUGGAUUACGGUUUACCUUACCUGAUAGUACCGCCAUUGAAGUUCAAUACCGUUCAACAAGAUGUAUAUCGUGGAGCUUAUCCUCGAGAAAUCAACUUCCCCUUCCUUCAAAGUCUUCAAUUGAAAACCAUCAUCUCCUUAACUCCUCAACCCAUCACCCCAGAAACUGAUGGUAAAUUAUACCAAUUCUCCAAAGAUAACAAUAUCCAACUAAUUCAUAUUGAAUGUGAAAAACUGGGUAAAGGUAAGAAAAGGGGUGUUCCCUUAGGUUAUACUGCCGUACUUACGGCCAUAAAUUAUAUCAUCCACACCCAGCAUGCUCCCAUUUACAUCCAUUGUCUUAAUGGUGGACAAGUAACCAGUCUACUUGUGGCAUGUUUAAGGAAACUUCAAUUCUGGUCCUCCUUAACCAUCUUCAAUGAAUUCAUUAACUUCACCACAAACAUCACCGUUAAUGAUAGAAGUUUUGUCGAUAAUUUCCAAGGAGACAUUAUGGUUGAUCCUGGCUAUAAAGUAGAGUGGUUAUGGAAUGGGAUGAGUAGAGGUGUUGUCAAUGGACAUCCCAAGUUAAAGAUCCACCACAAGGGGGAAAUAUAG